GGCUUAAUGCGUAUGGUUUUGCAAGUUCCGGCGAACGACUUGCGAUUCGGAGCUGCGAGCUAGCUUCAAGCAUCCAUGGAGGAAGUCGAUGAGAAACGAUGUAUCAAAAUUCUGCCGCCAAAACUCGUUCUCCAGAAAAAAGAGCCGGCUCUUCAAUGGCUUAUCGGAUCGCCGUUUCUGUCGCCUUUGACUAUCGUCUCCACUCUCAGAUGCAUCCAUCAUUUGUCUCCACAGGAAUCUGUCUCGCCUGAUUUCACCAAGGAAGCAGAAGACCUGAGGACGUUAUUAUUGAAGGGUUUUUAUAUUAUUGGAGCAUUGGUUGUUGGAAAUUUCAACGUCGAAGAACAUGCGAGAAAGGCAAUUGAUUUGGCGAGGAGACUGAAUCAGCUUCUAUCUCAUGGAGAAAAGUCGGAGAAACAGUUAUUGAUUGGAGCAGUUGCUGAUUUCAAUUCCACAGAUAUCCACUUUUUUGUCUCCGAUUCUGGAAAUGGCACGAGCUUGGAUUCUGUCUCUUCUGUUAUGUACGAAAAUAAUCCUGAAAAAUAUAUUUGGGAGAGAGGUUGUCUGCUCCGGUGCGAACUACCGAUUAGUGUACCGCUCUAUAUUCCUCUCGACAGACCAUCAGAUGUUGAAAAGACGUACACACAUGCCAUAGAAUCAGUUGUUUCCAAGUUGAGUGACCCACAGGUGGUAUAUGCAGUGGAAUCGUUAUAUAAAAACUCCACAGAAGAUCCUUGUCCAGUCAUUCUACGUGGUUCACAAAUGGAUUUCCAAAUUAAUCUCUCAAAGAUUAGGCAUUUGAAUGAAGGCAGCCAAAAUGCUGAUGGGAUGUCUUUUCCAUGUGAACACUUCUGUUUAAAAAGUAAAACUGAGUCCACAACGUUUUGUUCGCAGAAUGCAGAUAUAGUCCAAGUAAGUGUUCUUCUAAAUAGCUCGGGAAAGUCUCAAAAAUCUAAUGCACCAGUUGUAGAAUACUUGCCAGCUAUGGACAAGGCCAGGCUUUUGGUUGUCGACUUGAAGGUAGAAGUUCUCUGUUAUGCUGCCAAGUAUCUUCCAUUGACUUAUGCUGUUUCAAUGUUGGUCAUUCCGGGUGUAGUUGAUCAGUUAAACUCGAUGAAGAAUGCAAUAUUUCCCAACCUUUUAAAGCAACUCCCUCAGCUAGUGCCAUAUCAUUUUUGUCCUCCCGGAUUUUUGCAUCCAAUAACUGCUACCUAUGAACUCACUUAUGGGGAGACUGAAAUGAAGCAAGUUGAAUUAAGGAAAGCCCUACACCUAAGACUGGGGUUACCUUUUGAUCGUCCUGUACUAAGAAUUGCCAGUGCCUUGGAUUUCUCUAGUAGGAAGGACAAUUUGCCACGAAAGGGUUCCUUUUUGCUCAAAGAUGUUCAUAUUGGAAUUCCUAGUAGCGGUGUUUCUGGUGGCCAAAUGUCUAUUGUUCAAGGGUCGUAUGAGUACCAUCAUUAUCUUCAAGAAGGUUUCAAUGACUCGGGCUGGGGUUGUGCUUACCGCUCUUUGCAAACCAUCAUUUCCUGGUUCAGACUCCAACAUUAUACAUCCAUAGAUGUUCCUUCUCAUAGGGAAAUACAAGAAGCACUAGUGGAGAUCGGUGACAAGGAUGAUUCAUUUAUUGGGUCACGCGAAUGGAUAGGCGCUAUCGAAUUGAGCUUUGUUUUAGACAAAUUGCUUGGUGUGAGUUGCAAAAUCAUAAAUGUCAGAUCCGGGGCUGAACUUCCCGAAAAAUGUAGAGAAUUAGCUGCACACUUCGAGAAUCAAGGAACUCCAAUUAUGAUUGGAGGCGGUGUUCUUGCAUACACGCUCUUGGGAGUUGAUUACAACGAAGCAAGUGGUGAUUGUGGGUUCUUAAUUCUGGAUCCUCACUACACGGGGAGUGAUGACAUCAAGAAAAUUGUGAGUGGGGGUUGGUGUGGAUGGAAGAAAGCCGUUGAUGGCAAAGGGAAGAACUUCUUCUUACACGAUAAGUUCUAUAAUCUUCUGCUGCCUCAGAGGCCAAACAUGGUUUAGUUCAUCUGUUGUAUUCACAGUACAUUAUGCUUUCCAUUUCCUAAGGAUCUCAGGAUAUAUUGAUAUCAAACUACAUGGCACCAAGAGAGAAAAAAAAGUUGUAAUUUAAAUUUUGUUUGCAAGGAUUUUAA